AUGCUUGUGAACCAAGUUGCACAGCUUUUUCAUCCGUCUGCCUGCUGGUGUGAGGCUGUACACCCAGUCAGACAUAUAGAGCGGGUUCAAGACGCGGUCAAAUAUAAGUCCGCAGAGUUCCUGGACGGCACUGACGUAAGGACGCUGCUUGCUCCCGACUUCCUGACACAUGCUGUUGUAGCUGAACGCACACUUCAGUAUGAUAUCAAGAGAGAGAAGGCUCAUAGUUGGGAACACCGAAAAAGAUUCGCCACAGCGUGCCUUUUCUGUCCACUUGUUGACCAGCGUUUGCACGCAUUCGUUGUAGACCAAAACGUAAGGUUUCAAGAUGCUGAAGUGGAAACCCGGCGUAAGGAGUCGCCGGUUUCGAGCCCACUUAUCUCCCUCGGUAAGCAGGAGCCCAUCGCCGAGCCAGGGAGCAAAGAUCCCGUGAACCAUCUUCGAUUUCGGUGUCUUGAGUACCUGCCUCGCGGCCUCGGGAUGGUGGAUGUUGAUGAUCAGUUUGAACGGUCCAAGCCACGACCGAGUCACCUUGUGACGCUCGGCCGCGAUGUAGUCGCGAAACUUAAAGACGAGUUUCUCAUGUGGGAAGUAUUGGGGUAG